AUGGCCAAAGCAGCUGAUCUCGUACAAAAACGACUUGAAGUAGAAAUUAAAACAUUGAUUUCACGUCGUGAACAUGAAUUUCGAUCAAUACAAAUAUUGUAUGAUAUAUCGAGGGAAAUACAAAAAGAUAAGUCUAAAUUAUCUAGUUUUCGUGCCAGAUAUAAAAAUAUAGAAUCCCUGAAGGAAAGUUUUUAUGAAAUUAAUCAGACAAUUAAUUUAAAGCAUUUGGAAGCAGGGUGGAGUAGCGAACCCGAUACAAAACUUUUAGAGUCUUUUGACGAGUUGUAUUAUAGUGUUAUUGAAAUUGCAGAGGCAUGUGCGCUCAUAGAUAGUGGUAGCAUGGAUUCAUUUAUUACCAGUUCUUGUGUUCAGAGACUUGAGUUACCGGUGCGUAAGUGUGAUAUGUCGGUGACAGGAUUGGGUCAGAAUUCUGUACAAUGUAUAAAGGGUGUCAUGCCUAAGCAUUGUGAUGAACCGUGUUUUCAAUUGCCAUUAAUAGUUAUUCAAAAAAUUACAUCAAACAUUCCGGUUGUGCCAUUACCAUCAGAUGUUAGAGAAAAGUUUAGUCAUCUUUAUCUAGCUAACGAUGACUUUGACAAACCAUGUAAAGUCGAUAUUUUGCUUGGAGUUGAAUGUUUCGAUCGCAUAUAUGAUGGAGGUCGCUUUGCUCCGAAUCCCGAGUUUCCAUGUGCCUUAUCAAGUGUCUUCGGGUGGGUCAUUACCGGCCAAUUACGUCAUACAACAAUACUGACACCUUCUAAAUAUGUGACUUCUCUUUUAACUUCAACUAAUCGAUUAGAUAACGUGGUACAACGGUUUUGGGAGACUGAAGAACCUCCCACGACUCGUAUAAAGGUACCGGAAAAUGACAUAUGUGAACAACAGUAUAAACAAUACACUUACCGCGAUUCAGACGGUCGUUAUGUUGUACCCAUAAUGUUAAAAGAUAAUUUCCCUGUAUUAGGUAAUUCCAGUCAGCUUGCUUUAAACCGUUUUCUAAACUUAGAGAAACGUAUGUCUAACGACGUCGGUUUGAAAUCAGAGUACGUGGAAUUCAUGCGCCAGUAUGAAGAAUUAGGUCAUAUGGAUGCCUGGGAAUCUUCUUGUGAAGAUCGAAAUUAUAUUAUUCCUCAUCAUUGUGUUGUUAAACCUGAUAGCACAACUACUCGUCUACGGGUAGUAUUUGAUGCUAGCUGUAUGACAACAAAUAAUAAGUCGUUAAAUGACAUUGUGCACGUAGGUCCGAAACUUCAGAUUGAUAUUAUCGAUUUGAUUACUAACUUUCGCCUACACCCGAUUGUCUUUACGGCGGAUAUAUGUAAAAUGUAUCGGCAAAUACUGAUUCGGCCGGAAGAUAGGUCGUAUCAGCAUAUAUUUUGGCGCGAUGAACCUAAUGGUCCCAUUAAAGAAUAUGAGCUGAAUACGGUUACAUAUGGAGUAAGUAGUUCUCCGUAUUUGGCUAUAAGAACUUUGCAUCAGCUAGCUGAUGAUUAUAGUAAUCAAUUUCCUCUCGCUGCUCAAGUGUUGCGCGAAGAGACUUUCAUGGACGACAUAACAUCAGGUGCCGUCUCCAUAGAAGCUGCUAAACAAUUAAAGGAAAUAUUAGUUACUUUAUUGCAGCUAGGCAAAUUCGAAUUGCGUAAAUGGAGCAGCAACUGUUUAGAAAUCCUUUCCGACAUUCCGUCAGAAUAUUGUCAGUCUUCUAAAUUGUUCACUGAACCUAAUAGUGAACACAUUAAAGAUUUUAGGAAUUAA